AUGAAGUCCCUCUUGGAGGUCCUGUUCUCCUUUUUUGGCUUCAACCUGCACACACGGACGUCGUCUUCACUGUCGGUGGAUUGGAUCACGCUGCGCUGCGCCGGUGGCCACGACGAUUCGACCGGAGCCGAUAACGUAUUCAACAGGCAAAUACUGAAUGCCGCGUACCGAGGCACACGUGAGGCGGAGGCUGUGCGUGGCGGCUUGGCUGGUGAGCCGCUCGAAUUGGCUAUCCGCGCGGGUCUACAAGAACUAGCGACCAUGAAGAUCAAUGUUAGGGCCCAAAACAGGAUGGUGGUGGCAGCCACAGAUGCGGUUUUCGAAUCGUUGAGCAACCAAUUCGAGAAUCACGAGGCCAACCCCGCUGCUCAACAGCAACUCCAACGCAAGUUGAAAGCGCUGAACGCCGAGUUGAGUGUGAUGAUGAAGUGUGACAACUGGCUGCGCCAGCAGGGCCAGGUCGAGCGCGCUGUCGUUGCUGUUGCGGCCGAGGUGCCACCCGGUCGUGUUCUCGUAAGGAAUAUUCCCAUCAACCAAGGCAACGCCCGUAUUUCUAGCGCCCACGCAAUGCCCAAGCUCCAGCCGGCGGGGCUCGCGGACAAGCCGUCGUUGGCGCAAACCUGGACCCGGGAGCUGCUCGUGCUCCGCGUGGUGGUGCGGUUGCCCAGCGACGUGUUCCUGUUCGUGGAGCAGGUCGGCCCCGCAUCUACCCGACGGUCGAGGGCCAUUGUGCCGAUUGCCAUCGGCCCGAUCCCGUUCUCAACAAUGCCGUCGGUCCGUUUCUGUGCAAACGCUGUAUCAAAAACUUCCGGUUCGUGCUUCGAAUUCCCUCAUAAGCGGUUUCCCGACCCCGCCAAAGUGCCAUCUUCAGCCGUACCC